UUGGACAUGGUGGGUUUCCCACGUUCACUUUCUUGUGUUUUUCUUGUGCAGGAAUCAUGGCCCAAGUAGCGAUGUCCACACUGCCUGCGGAAGAUGAGGAAUCCUCAGAGAGCAGGAUGGUGGUGACAUUCCUCAUGUCUGCCCUGGAGUCCAUGUGUAAAGAGCUGGCGAAGUCCAAGGCUGAGGUGGCCUGCAUCGCUGUGUAUGAGACGGACGUGUUUGUUGUUGGAACUGAAAGAGGACGUGCUUUUGUCAAUACCAGAAAAGAUUUCCAAAAAGAUUUUGUAAAAUAUUGCGUUGAAGAAGAAGAAAAGGCGGCAGAGAUGCAUAAGAUGAAAUCUGCAACCCCUGCAAAUCGGAUGAGCGUGGAUGCUGUAGAAAUUGAAACACUCAGAAAAACGGUGGAGGAUUACUUCUGUUUUUGCUAUGGGAAAGCUUUAGGCAAAUCCACAGUGGUCCCUGUGCCGUAUGAGAAGAUGCUACGUGACCAGUCGGCUGUGGUGGUACAGGGGCUUCCUGAGGGUGUUGCCUUCAAGCACCCUGAACAUUACGAUCUUGCAACCUUGAAGUGGAUUUUGGAGAACAAGGCGGGGAUUUCGUUCAUCAUUAAGAGACCUUUCCUUGAGCCAAAGAAACACCUUGGUGGUCGAGUGAUGGCAUCAGAUACUGAGCGGACCAUCCUGUCUCCCAGUGGAAGUUGUGGCCCGAUCAAAGUGAAGACUGAACCCACAGAAGACUCUGGCAUUUCUCUGGAAAUGGCCGCUGUGACAGUAAAGGAAGAGUCAGAAGAUCCUGAUUACUAUCAGUAUAACAUUCAAGCAGGCCCCUCUGAAACUGGCGAUGUCGAUGAAAAGCUCCCCCUUUCGAAGGCUUUGCAAGGAAGCCAUCAUUCCUCAGAAGGCCACGAAGGAACAGAAGUGGAAGUGCCAGCCGAAGAUUCUACUCAACAUGUCCCUUCAGAAACAAGUGAGGACCCUGAAGUUGAGGUGACUAUUGAAGAUGAUGAUUACUCCCCACCCACCAAGAGGCCAAAGACCAGUGAGCCGCCCCCGCCUCCACCGGUCCCCGAGCCCGCCAACGCUGGCAAGCGCAAAGUGAGGGAGUUCAACUUUGAGAAAUGGAAUGCACGCAUCACAGACCUACGGAAGCAAGUUGAAGAGCUGUUUGAAAGAAAGUACGCUCAAGCUAUAAAAGCCAAAGGUCCGGUGACGAUCCCAUACCCUCUUUUCCAGUCCCAUGUUGAAGAUCUUUAUGUAGAAGGGCUUCCUGAAGGGAUUCCUUUUAGAAGGCCAUCAACAUACGGCAUUCCUCGCCUUGAGAGGAUAUUACUGGCCAAGGAGAGGAUCCGCUUUGUGAUUAAGAAACACGAGCUUCUGAACUCUACACGGGAAGACUUACAGCUUGAUAAGCCAGCAUCAGGAGUAAAGGAAGAGUGGUAUGCACGGAUCACUAAACUGAGGAAGAUGGUAGACCAGCUUUUCUGUAAGAAAUUUGCUGAGGCCUUGGGGAGCACUGAAGCCAAGGCUGUACCAUACCAAAAAUUUGAGGCCCAUCCCAAUGACCUCUAUGUGGAAGGACUUCCAGAAAACAUUCCUUUCCGAAGCCCCUCGUGGUAUGGAAUCCCAAGACUGGAAAAAAUCAUUCAAGUGGGCAAUCGAAUUAAAUUUGUUAUCAAAAGUCAAAGAAGAUUGGAAUGUCAGAAUCACCAAGCUUCGAAAGCAAGUGGAGGAGAUCUUUAAUUUGAAAUUUGCCCAAGCUCUGGGCCUCACAGAGGCAGUGAAGGUGCCCUAUCCCGUGUUCGAAUCAAACCCAGAGUUUCUGUAUGUGGAAGGGCUGCCUGAAGGGAUCCCCUUCCGAAGCCCCACCUGGUUUGGGAUUCCACGCCUUGAGAGGAUUGUCCGUGGGAGCAAUAAGAUCAAGUUUGUUGUUAAAAAGCCUGAGCUAGUAGUGUCCUACUUGCCUCCUGGGAUGGCUAGCAAAAUCAACACUAAAGCAUUGCAGUCCCCAAAACGACCACGAAGCCCUGGGAGCAACUCCAAGGUUCCUGAGAUUGAAGUCACGGUGGAAGGCCCCAACAACAACAGUCCGCAAACCUCCACCGUUCGAACUCCUACCCAGACCAAUGGUUCAAAUGUUCCCUUCAAGCCUCGAGGGAGAGAGUUUUCCUUUGAGGCCUGGAACGCCAAAAUCACAGACCUGAAGCAGAAAGUGGAAAACCUCUUCAAUGAAAAAUGCGGGGAAGCUCUUGGCCUUAAACAGGCCGUGAAAGUGCCAUUUGCAUUGUUCGAGUCCUUCCCGGAAGACUUCUAUGUAGAAGGCUUACCUGAGGGGGUGCCCUUCCGGCGACCAUCCACAUUUGGCAUUCCAAGGCUGGAGAAGAUCCUCCGGAACAAGGCCAAGAUAAAGUUCAUCAUUAAAAAACCUGAGAUGUUCGAGACGGCCAUCAAAGAGAGCACCUCUUCCAAAAGCCCUCCAAGGAAGAUAAACUCAUCACCCAGCGUUAAUACUACUGCAUCAGGUGUGGAAGACCUUAACAUCAUUCAGGUGACAAUUCCAGAUGAUGACAAUGAGCGACUGUCCAAAGUGGAAAAGGCCAGACAGCUUCGUGAGCAGGUCAAUGACCUCUUCAGUCGGAAGUUUGGUGAGGCUAUUGGGAUGGGCUUCCCUGUGAAAGUCCCGUACAGGAAGAUCACCAUCAACCCAGGCUGUGUGGUGGUCGACGGCAUGCCCCCUGGAGUGUCCUUCAAAGCCCCCAGUUACCUGGAAAUCAGUUCCAUGAGAAGGAUCUUAGAUUCUGCUGAGUUUAUCAAGUUCACUGUCAUUAGACCAUUUCCUGGACUUGUGAUUAAUAACCAGCUGGUUGAUCAGAAUGAGUCCGAAGGCCCUGUGAUACAAGAAUCUGCUGAGGCGAGCCAGUUGGAAGUUCCAGCCACAGAAGAAAUUAAAGACUCGGAUGGGAGCUCACAGAUCAAGCAAGAGCCAGACCCUACGUGGUAGACUUUGUCUGCAGGUUCAGCUUCCAGUGAGAGUGGUGGAGAAGAUCUUUCGGACCCGCCCUGCCAGCUCUGUAAUAUACUUGUAUAACAGAAAUACCUUCUAUACAAACCUUCUUUUCUACUUCUAGAUAGAAAUGUCUACUUUCUCAGCAGUUCUGUGAAUUGAAGUACGCAGCGUGACGAGAUGCGCGUGCCUGGCUGGUUUGGGAAUGCACUAGAAGGAUUUCGCAGCAGUGCUGGGAAGUGACAGGGAGUGCCAGGGACAACUCUUAGAUUUUUUUUUAUGCAUUGGGCAGAGCCUUGGGCUGCGGUGUGUAUUCCAGUCAGUGGAGAUAUUCCUACUGGGCAUCUUGGCUUCUGCAGCCAAGAAAACCCCUGUGCUAGGCAGUGCUUUAGUUUUUCUAUUGAAAAUCAUUUCUGUGAUCUUGCACUUGGCUUCCCUUCCUGCCUGAGGGAGGGCUGCUGUCUGUCCCUCUGACUAAGCCUUUGACUAAGCUCCAUCAUGGUUCCUCUUGUUUUCACUGUAACUAAAAGCAAGGCCAGUGAUGAACAGCCAGUGUCUCCGAAGAGAGAGGACAUUCUCAGAGCCUCCCUCACCCUUACUUGGCAGCAAGUAAAUACGGGGUGUACCCUGAUGGUCGGAGGUCUGGUGUGCAUGCUUUAGCAGCUGAUGACUAAACCCUCCCCGGCUGGGCCCCACCAUAGCCUGGGGUGCUCUGGGAGGCAGCUCUGGGUGGGAGUCAGGCUGGGCUGUGGGUCUGCCUGGUUGGUUAGUCUCUAACCACCUGUCUGACCAAGGUGCCCGUGUGAGGAGUGGGGCAGGCAAGCUCUUGUGCACCUCCGUGUUCACACCCCCUGGGCCUGAAAGUGGAGUCUCACAGAUGAUGCAGUUGUAUAAAAUAACAGCUCGCUCUCUCUCAAGAGGUAGAGGAUGGGAUGGCACAGUUCUCAGUAGUGGCACCACGAUGUUCACAAUGGGAAAUUAUAUCACACGGUAGCAAAGAUAGGCAUUUUUAUGUGUUCCUUAUAUUUUACCUCAAAUUGUAGAUAUAGGGUAAUAAAUAAAAUCCAUCCAUGCCUUUCACA